GUCCCUCGUAGUUGUCCACUUCUGGGCGCCGUGGGCUCCUCAGUGUGCUCAGAUGAACGAGGUUAUGGCAGCGCUGGCAAAGGAAUACACACAGGUUACGUUUGUGAAGCUGGAAGCUGAAGCUGUGCCUGAAGUAUCUGAAAAAUAUGGAAUUAGUUCUGUUCCAACGUUCUUAUUCUUUAAGAAUUCUCAGAAGAUUGACAGGUUAGAUGGUGCACAUGCCCCAGAGCUGACCAAAAAGGUGCAGCGCCACGUGUCCAGCAGUUCUGUGUCCACCGCCGCCCAUGACAGCACCAAGGAAGAUCUGAAUGCGCGUCUGAAGAAGCUCAUCAAUGCUGCUCCUUGCAUGCUGUUCAUGAAAGGCUCUCCAAAAGAACCUCGCUGUGGUUUCAGCAAACAGAUGGUGGAGAUUCUGAACAAACAUGGCAUUUCAUUUAGCAGUUUUGAUAUUUUUUCUGAUGAAGAAGUUCGUCAGGGGCUGAAAACGUAUUCAAAUUGGCCAACUUAUCCGCAGUUGUAUGUAGCUGGAGAGCUUAUAGGUGGACUUGAUAUUAUCAAGGAACUGGAGGCAUCUGGAGAACUGGACACGAUUUGUCCGAAGGCACAGAAGCUGGAGGACAGGCUUAAAACAUUGAUAAACAAAGCUCCUGUGAUGCUUUUUAUGAAGGGAAGCAAACAGGUAGCAAAGUGUGGAUUCAGCAAGCAAAUUAUAGAAAUCAUGAAUAAUACUGGCAUUGAUUACGAGACAUUCGACAUACUGGAAGAUGAAGAGGUGCGGCAAGGAUUAAAAACCUAUUCAAACUGGCCAACAUAUCCUCAGUUAUACGUGAAAGGUGAACUCGUUGGAGGGUUGGACAUUGUUAAGGAACUAAAGGAGAGUGGUGAAUUGCUGCCUAUUCUGAAGGGAGAAAAUUAACGGAGAAGGAUGUCAAUAGGAACCAAAAUACUUUGAACAAUUAUUCAUUUAUAGGUUAUAUUGGAGCAAUAUCCAGCUUAGCCCUAUGGAACUGAUCAGGAGUGAAGACAGACGACUUCUGUACUCCGUGUAUUUCACAAGACCACGCUACCUAUGAAAACAUGUUUCCACUGAAGAUAUCAAAGCUGUCGAGAUCUUCAAAUUCAAUUAAAAUAUAAUGCU